AUCGAAAACAAGUUCACUAUAUUCAUUUAGUGUACUAUUAUUUUUGCGCAUAAUCAAAAUUUUAGUUCGCAAUUGCUUUACAAAUAUUUUACCAAACUGUGCUUCUUCGAAAGUGUGUACAGCAUUUUAACCCCGGAUUGAAAAUGGCUGAUGAAGAUAAAAGUCUAGUAGCUGGCCAUCCACCUGCAGUCAAGGCCGGUGGAAUGCGCAUUGUUCAGCACAAAACCCCAAGUACAGAGAGGGCGGCUAAGGAUCCAGUCGAUGUUAUUGGGCUGUCGAAUCCUGCUCCAAAUGUCAAUACUGGAGAGGUAGUACAAAGUUCCUCUGCCAGUAAACACAACGAGCAUUCAGUAGAGGCAAGCCAAGUUGCCCAUGCUCAGAAACCUGCGGUACAGAUUCCUCCGCGGCCAGUCAAUCAUAUCCAACAACCGCGGAAAUGUUGAGUGAAAAAGGUGAUACUUAUAAUGUACCUUAGAAUUAAUCACAUUUAUCCUACACGACGGUGGAUCUAACUUUCGAACGAGAAUUACUUUUCUAUCCAGAAAUUAAGUUACUCGCCAAAAAAAAAAAAGAUUUAACAUUUUGGGAUGUAAUCCUCUACUUACAUGGAUAGAUCGGACUGUACAUUUGUGCUUACAAAGCAAAUCAUUCAGUAUCCGGACUUUUGCAUCCAUUAUUUAAAAAAAAAAAAGAUUGUAUUUGUCAUUUUUUCAGUCGGUUUCGGGAUUAGUAUAUUGAUAUCGUUUCAAUAAUCACGGCAGCAUGUGUACAGAAACACAUGUGAAUUGUUAUUAUUAAAACUAACUCUCUAAAGUAAGUCAUGUUAUCCGUUAACAAUUAUUUGGAAUCAAGAAAUAAAUUUAUAUAUUUAAUGUCCAUAUAUAUAAUUAUAAAAUAAAAAAUCCUACUGAACAUUA